AGCUUACGUCUACGUUAUCCUCUCCUCGGAGUCUCAUUUCCUUCUUCAGCUUCAGUACAAGCGGAGGAGUCACGGGAGCGAAGAAAUUUCGCUCAACAUUUUUCCCCAGCGAUUUUGUUUCGACAAUGCGGGGCUGAGUUUCUUUUGAUCUUAUUCAGUUCUUACCAGUUUAUUUUUCGAGUUAUAUGCAUGGUGAAUAAUACAUAGACUAGAGGAAUUCUUUGUCUGAUUGCUCUCAUUUCUUCUAAUUUUUGUAUCUGUUCGUUUCGACCCAGAAGUUGAAAUUAGUGUGCAUUAUCGUAUUGGAAAGCUGAAAAAUGUGGGUGUAUGCAUAUGUUCUUGAUGAGCACUUCAAUUGUAUUACGCCGCCAGUUCAUUUUUGUUGACUGCAAGGUGUCUUGUGUCUUCAAUUCUCCUUCGCGCAAUUCUUUGAAUAAAGUGGCUUGGUUGGGUCUCAAGGGAAAAGGGUUCACUCGGCAUGUUCUCAAUGCCAAGAAGAAGGGUGGGUAUUCGAGGAAAAGGAGUUGGUGGCAGAAGUUCUUUUUUGACGAUGAUGGAAAUUGGCUAGGUCUUAUGGAUGAUGGUAUGCUGGAGGAUGAGUUGGAGAGUGUUGCAAGUGACGAAAAUUUGUCUGAUGAUGAAAAAUUUGAGGCGUGGAAGGAGAGGGCUGAGGCCAUUAUAGAGUUGAAGGAAGCACAGGAAGAUGUGAGGAAUGAACAGGGUCAGAGGUGGACUGAUUGGCUCUAUGAUGACACUAAUCAUGUUCGAACUUCGUGGAGUCAAGAUUGGGAUAAUGGUCUAGGGGAAUUGGACGAAAACUUGUCGGAUGCUAGUGAGUUAUUGCCUGAGAAGGGACUAGUUGAGUCCGUCAGAGAUUUGGUUCUCGGGAAGGAACAAGAUGACAUACUCUAUGAAGAUCGUGUAUUCCAGUAUGCCUCCUUAAAUUCGGCAAAAUUUCUGACAGUCCUAAUAAUUAUACCCUGCGCAUUGGAUUUUGUGGUUCAUGAUUACGUUCUCAUGCCCUUUCUUGAUAGGUAUGUCAAGAAAGUGCCACUGGCUGCAGAGAUGCUUGAUGUGAGAAGACAUCAGAAGCUCGAGAUGGUUGAGGAGCUAAAAGUUGAGAAAGAAAGAUUCAAACUUGAGAUGGAAAUUGGGAAAUCUCCUCCUCUUUCUGAUGAAGAGCUAUGGUGGGAAUUACGGCAUAAAGCGUUAUCAUUGAGAGAUGAGUGGAGGUUAGAGAACCGUAAAGCAUUUGCUAAUAUAUGGUCAGACAUGGUAUUUGGGAUCUCAUUAUUCGUUCUUUUGUACUUCAAUCAAAGUAAAGUAGCAUUGUUGAAAUUUACAGGUUAUAAAAUAAUAAGUAAUAUUUCAGAUACUGGGAAGGCAUUUUUAAUUAUACUAAUUACAGAUAUUUUUUUAGGGUAUCAUUCUGAAUCGGGAUGGCAGACUUUGUUAGAGAUAAUUGUUGAACACUACGGCCUUGAGGUUGAUCAGUCUGCUAUAACCAUCUUUAUAUGCCUGGUUCCAGUUAUCAUGGAUGCAUGUGUGAAACUUUGGCUGUUUAAAUUUUUGCCAAGAUUAUCACCAAGAGUGGCGAAUUUGUUCCAGGAAAUGAAGCGCCAUUAAUCAUUUACUCUUUCAAUUUUGGUGAAUUGGGCUCAUAAUACCAUUUGAGAGAACGGUAUAAUUGUAUGAAGAAUGUAGUUUUCACUGUUCUCUGCUAUAGUAACUUUGGAUACUUGAGUUUUUGCAUUUUGCAGUAAUAAAAUCUGAGAAUGAAGACACGAGCUUAUUAAGAGAUUUGCAGCAUGCUGAAAUGCACUUCCUCUUGGGAUUAUUGCUUUAGUUCUUCAUGCAGGCAAGUUAAUGAAUCUCAUAUUAAACUUGAAACUUUGAAAGUUUCUUCUUUUUCUUCUAUUUAUAUGGGGGCAUUUGUGCUUUUAAAUAAGGGAAAAAGAUCCACUUCUACCCUUGAACUUGGUAAGAUGCAUUCAUUUCUGUCUUAAGCUUUCAAUUUCAUCAUGUUGCAACUUAACGUUGGAUAAAUGCUGGAGUUUUUACCAUCAA